AUGGUCCCGACGCUGCUGGGGGGGCUGGGACUGGCUCCAGCCCCCUCGCGCGUUGCCAUGGCCACGCUCACCCAAUCCCGUUUCCGCCACGCCCCUCCACGUGCUCCGCCCAACCCCACUCUUCGUCCCAUCCCGGGCCCCGCCCCAUUCGUCGCCCCGCCCACCCCAGGCCCCGCCCCGCGCCUCGCCCCGCCCCCGGGCCCAGCGCAGGGCCGCGGCCUCUCCCGAGUCCUCGCGGCGCGCGGCGCUCUGGCCGGGCGGACGGAGGCCCCGAGGGAUCCCGAGGGUCGCGCGGGCGUCCGGGACGCGGGCCCCGACCUUCACGCCGCGGGACCGCCUGCCUGCCUGCGUGGGCUCUCAGAGCCGCAUCGCGUGACCCGUGCCCCGGCGGGCGCCCUUUUAGAAUGGGUGCCGCUCCCCCUCUCCCCUCACAAGUGCAGCCCCGGGGUCCUCAUCCAGGGAUCCACCCGCCCCUUCCCAGAGGGGGGCCACCCAGUCCUGCCGACCCCCAGUCUGCUCCGAGAGGCGCUCGCUGCCUUGCCACCCAGCAUCCACUGCCGCUCAGUGGACAGCCAGUCCCUUUGA